UACAAACGUUAAAAACAAGCUCCAGUCAUGAGUUCGCCUUUGUCGUUACUAAAGAAAACGAGGCGCACUCCGCUUCAGUGUGAAGAAAGUACCAGACGGGGCCAAAGGGAGAAUCUGUCAACAGAAAGGCCCUCAGAGGACUUCCUGGCCGGAAAAAGGUUCCCCGCCCCAGUGUUAUGCUGUGAAAAGUCAGGCGCUGCGCCAGGUGACGUUGAGCUGAUGUCUUCCAUGGCGCAGCGGCUGACCUUGCUUGAGAGGAUGGUCACAAGCCAAAAAGAGGAGAUAGCACGCAGGGACAAUGUUAUUUCACUGUUGAGGGAGAAACUGAAAGCUAAGGAAGACUCAGAGAGUGGCCAUGUUGAGAGUUGCAGUCAUCUUGAGGGAAGGUGCAAACAGCUGCAGCACCAAGUGGAUGACAUGGAGAGCUUCCUGAAUGACUAUGGUUUGAUCUGGGUGGGAGACAAGAAGCUCAGCACUUCUGUUGUGCGGGAUUUCCGCAUGGACUUUGACCUCGUGGUACAGAUGAUCAAGGAGCUGAACGUCCUCGCAGGGGAACCCUUUGUACGGUCCACACCCACGGGGGCGCAGUUGGCACGAAACGAUCCCGUGCAACUGAAGCUCUACAGCAAUGGCAUUGUCAUGUUCAACGGACCUUUCCGCUCCUACCAGGAAAACAGCACCCAGCAAUGCAUGCAGGAUCUGAUGGAGGGCUAUUUCCCAUCUGAGCUUCAAGGCAGAUUUCCAGAUGGUGUACCUUUUGAGGUCCAUGACAGACGAGAAGAGGAAUUUGUCCUCAGAGCACCAUAUGAUAAAUUUCCUGGUAAGGGACAGGCUGUGCGAGAGAAAAAAGAGGAACGUUCAAUCAAAGUCAGCUCGCAAUUUCCUGGUAAGAGAUUAAGAACAAACCAGUUCCUGAACAGGCUGCCAAAAGUUAUGGUGAAGGCGGGUCGAGUGAUUGACAUCAGGGACUCCGGCUCACCUGACACAUGCAACAGCUGCUCAGCGAUCAUUGUCAAUACGCCAGCACUGCAAGCAAUGGAGGACAGCAUGCACACAAUCACCUCCGACCGGCCUUUUUCUGCACGCAACAUCGUCACACUCAAGGUCAAGUCGGAAGAUGGCGAUUGCACUUACUUGCUGAAUAUGGGCAUCUCCGAGACAGUAGGUCACCUGAGGCAGCACCUGGACACAUAUAGGGGGCAUAACUUGGCAGGCUAUGACAUUAUCAGCGCAUACCCUCAGUGUCACUACCAUGAUGACUGCCAAGCGCUUGGGUCAUGUGGGCUCACAACCAAUGCUACUCUUCUUCUGCGAGGAAGGAAAAACACAAAUAAAUCAUCCAUCUAA